AUGAACUGGCACCCGCCCAGGCUCCCUCCCCAUCCAGCCACGGCUCCGUCCGUCCGCCGCCUCGUGGCCCUGUUCGAGUCCCGCGCCGCCGUCCGCACCGCGACACGCGCCUCCGCAGCCGCAGCGACCAGCAGGACGAGGGUCUCCACCCUCAUCGAGUCCUACAGCGCCUCGUCGACCAUCGCGUCCAGCUCCGUCGAGGCGACCGACGUCGUAGGCUCCUCCGCGGUCGCAGCAGUGGAGACGCUCGACCCCCGCUGGUCCAUCCAGCUCCUCGACGCGGCGAGGUUUGCCGAGUUCCAGUACGGCUACUCCGGUUUCGAAGCUCCAGCCGUCGACGACCAAGACCAAGACCAAGGCCAAGGCUUCACGGCGCUGGAGCCGACUGAAGAGCUCCACGAAGUCACUGCUGCCGCCGCCGACGACGGAGACGACGAAGACUGCCUCCAGCAAGCGCCUCCUGCUGAGCUGCCCGUCGGCCCUGUCGACGAUGCCGACGUCAAGAGCUAUAGCCAGCUCCUGCAGGAGGCCGACGACCUCCUCGACCGCGUCCACGACGCGGCUGCUGCUGACGCUGCGCCUGCAGUCGUUGAGCCCAAGCCUUCGGAGACCCAGCCGCACGUCCGAGCUGCUGCAGCUCCGCAAGCUACCAAGUCCCGCCUGUUGGACUUCAAGCAGAGCGCGGCGUUUGUCGGGCAGUGCGCGCAGGCAAGGCGGCGGCGCAGCGCGGCAGCAGCGAAGCCCCAACCUGCACCUCAUCACGUGCUGGCUUACACUGCUGCGACCGUGGAGGAACGUACGACGUCGGUCGUCUCGACGGAGCUGGACGCGAUGGUCGACGAGGCGCUGUAG